AAAACAAUGACAAGUUGUGGUCGGCAAUCCUUACAUACACUGAUGAUUGUAUUCUGUUCACUCUUGUCAGCAGCUUUCUCUGCACAUUUUCGAGUCUGUGAGCCAUAUACCGAUUACAAAGGUCGUUCCCACGUUGGAUUCCAUUGUCCCCGACUUUCGGACAAUAAAUCAUACAUCUUUUGCUGUCACCAUAACAACACCGUCUUUAAAUAUUGCUGUAAUGAAACAGAGUUUCAGACUGUUAUGCAAAUGAACUUAACAGGCAGUACAGAUGGAUACAUGCAUAACAAUUACAGUGCAUUGUUAGGAGUUUGGGUCUAUGGGUUUUUCGUUGUAGUCUUGCUGGUUCUGGACCUUUUAUAUUACUCCUCCAUGAACUACGACAUUUGCAAAGUUUACAUGGCAAGAUGGGGAAUCCAGGGGAAAUGGAUGAAACCGGAAACAAACCGGUGGAUUAAACCAACUCAGGACUCAAGGCAAGUAGAGACUCAGACUCAUUCUCAGCCUGCCACUCAACCAUCCCAGGCUGUCCACACCUUAAAAGGAGAAGCUUUAACUCCACCACUGAUGUCUUUCCCAAGCUCAACUGCCUG